CUCACCUGCACACACACACAUAACACACAUACACCCACAUACACACGCCUUCACCUCCUGCACUCUUCAUCCCCGCCGCACAUCACUGGAUGAGUUACACGGUGGACACUUCAGGGAGCCCCUUCAGGAGAAUUAUGGAUACUAGGACGACCGGCUACGGCUACAGCCGCUCCGGCAGCUCCCCCUCCAGCGGGUUCCGCUCCCAGUCCUGGUCCCGGGCAAGCCCCGGCUCCACCAUGACCACGUCCUACAAGAGGAGCGUGAAUAUGCCGGUGUCCCGAGCCUACAGCUCCACGGUGCUCAGCUCCGCAGAUAGCGGUGACUACCAGACCUCCAUGAUGAACGGAGACUUCAAGCGAUCCAAUGAGAAGGAGCAACUUCAAGGGCUCAACGACCGCUUCGUUGUUUACAUCGACAAGGUGCACUACCUGGAGCAGCAGAACAAGCAGAUCGAGGAUGAGAUCCAGGCGCUGCGCCAGAAGCAGGUGUCCCGCUCCCAGCUGGGCGAUCACUACGACCAGGAGCUGCAGGAUCUGCGGUCCAUGCUGGAGCAGAUCCACCACGACAAGACGCAGAUCCAGCUCGACACCGACCACGUCGAGGAGGACAUCCAGCGGCUGAGGGACCGCUAUGACGAAGAGGCUCACAUCCGGGAGGAGACCGAAGCCAUUAUCCGCGUCCUGAGGAAGGACAUGAGCGAGUCGGAGUUGGUGAAGUCUGAGUUGGAUAAGAAAGUUCAAUCUCUGCAGGAUGAGAUCGCCUUCAUCCGCAACAACCACGAGGAAGAGGUGAGCGAGCUGAUCGCCCAGAUCGAGGAGUCUCAGGUGACCGUGGAGAGGAAGGAUCUGCAGAAGACGGACAUCACCGAGGCUCUGCGGGAGAUCCGCUGCGAGCUGGAGGGUCACUCCAACCAGAACCUGCAGCAGGUGGAGAACUUGUUCAUGUGCCGCUACUCCAAGCUCACCGAGGCUGCAGAUCAGAACAAGGACGCCAUAAAGUCCGCCCGUGAUGAGAUAUCCGACUACCGCCGCCAGCUCCAGUCCAAGACGGUGGAGUUAGAAGCCAUCCGCAGGACAAGAGAGUCUCUGGAGAGGCAGCUGAAUGACAUCGAGGACCGCCACAGCAGCGAUCUGUCCAGCCUUCAGGAGACAAUUCACCAGCUGGAUAAUGAGCUCAAGAGCACCAAAUGGGAGAUGGCACGUCACCUGCGCGAGUACCAGGACCUGCUCAAUGUCAAGAUGGCAUUGGACAUUGAGAUUGCUGCAUACAGGAAACUCCUAGAAGGCGAGGAGACUCACUUCAGCACUUUCCCCUAUCGCCAGGCAGUCACCCCCACAAAAGUCUUUAAGUCUAAAUCCGACGCUCCCAAGCUUAGGGUGCAACACAAAUUUGUGGAAGAGAUCAUCGAGGAGACAAGGGUGGAAGAUGAGAAGACUGACCUUGACGAAGCCCUGGCAGAGAUAGCUCAAGAGCUGUCCGCUACACUCGGAGGUGGAGGAGACGAAGAGGAGGGGGAAGAGGGAGGUGAGGGAGAGGAAGAAGAGGGGGAGGGGGAAGGCGUUGAGGAGGAAGUUGUAGCCGCCACCGAAGCCAAAGUUAGCUCUAGCGCACCUGCUAAGGAGGAAGAAGAAGAGGAUGAUGGAAAAGAUGAGGAUGAGGAAGGAGAGGGAGGUGAAGAAGAAGAGAAGGAAGAAGAUGGUGAGGGGGAAGAUGAAGGAGUAAAGGGGGAUGAUGCAGAGGGAGGUGAUGAAGUAGAAGGAGACGAUGGAGGAGAGGAUGAGGAGGAAAUCGAGGAGACAGUGCUCUGCUCCAAAGCGCCCGAGUCUAAAGCCUCUCCUGACCAAGAGAAGGCCGGAGACAAAGAAGGCAGCGCAGGAGAAGAGGAAGCUGGUGCCGAUGAGAAAGAUGGAGAACAGGACGAAGAUGCCGGCAGUGACAAAGCCUCCAAGAGCGUAGAUGAGAAAGAGGAUAAAGAGGAUGCUGAGAAAACCACAAAGGAAGAUAGCAAAAAAGACGAGAAGAAAGAGGAAGACAAAUCAGAAGAAGUUGUAGCCAAGACAGACGCUUCAAAAACAGAAUCUGCAAAGCCUGAGUCCAAGAAAGAAGAGGCAGCCAAACCUGAUGCAUCAAAACCUGAUUCCCCAAAGUCUGAAUCUCCUAAACUUGGAUCCCCAAAGUCUGAGACCCCUAAACUUGGAUCCCCAAAGUCUGAAUCUCCUAAACUUGGAUCCCCAAAGUCUGAGACCCCUAAACUUGGAUCCCCAAAGUCUGAAUCCCCUAAACUUGGAUCCCCAAAGUCUGAAUCCCCUAAACUUGGAUCCCCAAAGUCUGAAUCCCCUAAACUUGGAUCCCCAAAGUCUGAAUCUCCUAAACUUGGAUCCCCAAAGUCUGAGACCCCUAAACUUGGAUCCCCAAAGUCUGAAUCUCCUAAACUUGGAUCCCCAAAGUCUGAGACCCCUAAACUUGGAUCCCCAAAGUCUGAAUCUCCUAAACUUGGAUCCCCAAAGUCUGAGUCCCCUAAACUUGGAUCCCCAAAGUCUGAGACCCCUAAACUUGGAUCCCCAAAGUCUGAGACCCCUAAACUUGGAUCCCCAAAGUCUGAAACACCUAAACUUGGAUCCCCAAAGUCUGAGACCCCUAAACUUGGAUCCCCAAAGUCUGAGACCCCUAAACUUGGAUCCCCAAAGUCUGAAACACCUAAACUUGCAUCCCCAAAGUCUGAGACACCUAAACUUGAAUCCCCAAAGUCUGAGACCCCUAAACUUGGAUCCCCAAAGUCUGAGACCCCUAAACCUGAGUCCCUUAAAUCUGAAAUUCCCAAGCCUACAUCUCUGAAGCCUGAAUCCCCCAAAGAAGGCUCACCAAAGGCUGGAUCCCCAAAACCAAGCUCCCCAAAAGCAGAGUCUCCCAAGUCGGAAUCUCCAAAACCUGAAUCUCCUAAAGCGAAAUCCCCAAAGACCCCCCUGCCCGAGACCCCUAAAGCCGCCGAAGAGAAAUCAGAGAAAAAGAGCGACUUAACAGAGGAGAAGAAUGUUGAAAAGAAGGAUGUAGCCAUGAACGGCGAUGAAGACAAGAGCAGCCCAGAGGAGAAGAAGGACGAGGAGAAAGAAACCGACGUGGUCUCUAACGGCGUUGACGAGAGUACGGUCAAAGACGACGGUAGCCAAAAAGUAGUGAUCACCAAAACCGUGGAGACGAUCACCACUGGAGAGGAUGGAUCCAAGCGCGUCACCAAAUCUGUCACUGUGACCGAGACAGUGAAGGAAGAGGUGGAUGAGGUGAAAGAGGAAGUGCUGGUCUCCACCAAGAAGACAGAGAAGCACUCCUCCCUGUCCGUCACGCAGGUGACAGAGGGCGAAUAAGCGGAUUCCUGACCGGCGAUCUUGCGGAGAUGGGCAAGUGGAGAAGACAAGCAAUCAACCCAAACUAACAUAACAAAGAAAACCAUACAGCUAGAGCGAUGUAAUAAAGAUAACAACUCUCAAACAUACAAAACAAAUCAUAGAGAGAAGCCAAACGUUAAAUGCUACGAAUUUCAAAAAUGCAUGUUGAGUGACAGCUUUAAACGGGCUUUGCUGCAGUCAGUAGCAAGCGACUGAGAAUUUUAUCCUCUUUUUCUUUCUUUCUGCAGUUCACGGGCGAGCUCACGGGAGGGAGGGAGGGGGGUCUCUGCAUGCAAUAGCUCAGGAGAGGGGGGAGUACUUCACUUCCUUAUCUGUAUGUAUGGUAAAUACACUGUAAAAAGAGUAAAUAUGUAAAAGGAAUAAAUGUAACGUGGGUGGGAGAGUGAGAUAUAUAAUUGAAGUUGAGCGGGCAAGUAGGUGGGAGGGUCCCCAAGUGCUCUACUGACGACGCCUUACUUGACACGUGAAGACACAAACUGAGCCAAAAAGAAACGAACAACACAACGUACAGAGAAGAGAGAGACAGGCAGCGGUAUGAUAAACACAUGACCAUAAACAUCCAGUAACUGAAGCAGUUGAACAAACAUGAAGAAACUCCUUAGCCUUAAACACGCUUUCUAUCAGUGUCUGUUAUGUUUCACUGAGUGCAACUGAAAAAGAUAUAACUGUAAAUGUGCAUUUUCAUGCGUUCUUGUAUGCAUAGGAUGGACUUGAAUUUAAAUA